AAUCGUACCGCUUCGCUGUCUGCUACUGCACGUGUAAAGUGUUUAUUUGUGUCCAGAGGAUAGUCUCAGAUCUUGGAAAUUGUAGGAUAACCGGCGCUCAAGAUGACCUUAUCGGAGAAUAAUUCUCCCAAUGUGUCCGACAAUGAAGCCGGACAGGAAAACUCUGAACAAAAGGCACGAAAACGGCGUAAUCCAUUCAAAAUACAAAAGGACAAGGAGGAAAAGGAACGUCGCCAGAAGAAACGUGCUCGUUUAAUUGUCCGUAAUAUGAGCUACAAAGCAAAGGAGGAGGAUCUUCGAAAACAUUUCGAACAAUGGGGGAAACUUGAAGAAGUAAAUAUUCCAAAGAGGGCAGAUGGAAAAUUGGUCGGCUGUGCCUUUGUCCAAUACGAAACAAUUAAUCAAGCUACCAAAGCCAUAUUGAAGGGUAAUGGCAAAGAAUUUUUGGGACGAGUUAUAUUCAUCGACUGGGCUCUUGGAAAAGAUGAAUAUCUGGCAAAGAAGCAACAAAAUGUAAAAGAAGAACCCGAGGAAAAGAAACCAAAAUUGGAGAUUAAAGAAGAGGAAGAAGAUGACAAGAAAUCUGGAAAUGUUAAUGCAAAUAGUGAAAAUGAUGAAGAUGACGACGAUGAAGAGAGCAAUGAUGAUGACGAUGAUGACAAUGGGGAAAGUGAAGAGGAAGAUUCUGACGAGGGCGAUGAAGAUGAUUCCAAUGAUGAAGAUGACGACGACGAUGAUAAGAACAGUAUUGAUGAUGUAGAUGAAGAUGACGAUGAUGAAGACAAAAAAGACAUUAAAUCAAAAGUAGAUAUCGAAAAAGUAAAAAAGGAAAAACGUGUCUCAAAUGAUGUCCAAGAAGGUUGCACUGUUUUUAUAAAAAAUGUUCCCUUUGAUGCCGAAGAUGUAGAUUUGCGAAAAGUUUGUCGAAAAUUUGGUCCCGUUUGGUACGCCAUUAUCAAUAGAGAAUCUGUAUCGGGUCACUCUAAAGGCACGGCGUUUGUUAAAUUUAAAACCAAGGAAUCGGCCGACUUAUGUUUGCAGUCAGCGGCGGAAUUCGUUCUGAUGGACCAAGUAUUGGAACCAUAUCCAGCUUUGAGUAGAGAAGAAAUUCGCCAACAGAACCUGGAAAAGGAUAAGAAGAAUGAUGGCAAAGAUUCACGUAAUCUAUAUUUGGCAAGAGAAGGUCUAAUUAUGGCAAAUUCAAAAGCUGCCGAAGGUGUUUCUGCAUCUGAUAUGAACAAGAGGCACAAACUGGAACAGAUUAAGGCACAAGUUUUGAAAAAUCUAAAUAGAUUUGUGUCCCGCAAUCGUUUGUCUAUCCACAACUUACCCCUGAACUAUGAUAAUGAUAAUUUGAGAGAUAUGAUAAUUGCCUAUACCGGAUUUAAACCACAUGAAUGCAGGGUCAUGAGGGAAAACAAAAUAACCCCAGAUCAUCCAAAGGGAAAGUCCAAGGGAUUUGGUUUUAUGUCUUUUAAUACACAUCUGGAGGCAUUGACAGCAUUAAGGAAACUCAAUAAUAAUCCAAAAGUAUUUGGUACCCAACAUCGUCCUAUUGUUGCCUUUAGUAUAGAAGAUCGUGCAGUUCACAAAGUCAAGGAAAAACGCAAAGAAAGAUCCAAAAUUAACAAUCCCACAUUUAAGGAAAAGCUGGAACAACGCAAAGCCUUAAAGAAUGAUAAAAAAUCAGGAAAACUACCAUUGAAAACAUUGCCCAAAGGACCACAAGACGAUGACAAAGAGAAACUCAAGAAACACAUAAAAAAAUUGGAAGAGAGUCGUGCCAAAAAGAAUAAUAAAAAUAAGACUAAAAACCCCGAAGCAGCCGCAACAGAUGAAUUUGUGGGCACUGAAGCUAAGAAGGGUACCGUUCUGCGUAUGCGUUCCUUUAAGAAACUAAAAGAACAGUCAGCCGAUCAUAUGCAGCGAGUGAAACAAGAAAAGAAGAAGAAGAAACAAGAGAAAAUCAAACAAAUUCAUUUGGCCGAGAGAAAGGCGGAAAUACGACCAAAACAAGGACGUAAAGUUGAGAAAGAUGAUUUGGCACCAUUGGUUAAUAAGUACAAGCAAAUGCUUGAGAAGCAGGCAAAUCCAAAUUUAAUGAAUUCGGGUAAAAAAUCCAAGCGUACCAAGUGGUAUACGGAAUAGGAAAAGUGAGAAACAGAAGUUGAACUUUUUAGUCGUAUUUUUAGUACAUAAUUUAAUUGUUUGUUUUAUGUAAAUACAAAUGAAAUAAAUAUUAGCUAUAUAAUAUGUAAUAA